AGACAGCUACUUCCCGAAGAUAUAAAUAAGCAUAUGAUAUUAGUUGUAAAAAAUGUGGGUUUUUGGAUAUGGGUCAUUGAUAUGGAAAGUUGAUUUUGAGUACGAGGAAAAGUUAGCAGGAUACAUACAAGGCUUUUCAAGAAGAUUUUGGCAAGGCAGUACGACUCACAGGGGAAUACCUGGCAAGCCAGGUAGAGUUGUAACGCUGAUACGGUCAGAAAAUAUAAAUGAAAAAGUAUAUGGCAUUGCAUACAAAUUACCAGGUGAAGAUGUCAAGGCUCAACUAGAUUAUAGGGAAAGAGAAGAUUAUAGCAAUGUUGAAGUUACAUUUUAUCCUUUUGAAGGGGAACCUUUUCCAUUAAUGAUUUAUAUUGGAUCAGAGGAUAGCCCAAACUAUUUGGGACCAAGUCCAAUUGAAUGUAUGGCACAGCAAAUUUAUUCAAGCGAAGGACCUAGUGGAAAAAAUAUCGAAUAUUUGUUCAAUUUAGCGGAUGCUACAAGAAAUUUGGUUCCGAAUUUUACGGACGACCAUCUCUUUGAACUAGAAGCUGCUGUAAAACAAUUGUGUGAAAAAAAAAGUAAAAUCUCUAAUUUUAGGAUAAUAGAUCAUUAG